AAUUACAGUUUGUGCUCUCUAAUUAAAGCUUCAUUUUUCUGAUGCAACUGCUAUUUGUCAGUUCCUCUCCUGAAAAUCUUACAGUCCGAGACCCCAAUCCUGCAUAUAUUUAUGGAAAGGGUUGAGUAGCCGAGAUCCUUCUGAUAGAUCCAGAGGUUCUUCGGGGAAGGAGACAAAAUUCCUUCAAACUUCCAGCAUAUAGAGGGUGGAGCUUCAGAUUGAUCCGAUACCUCCUAGUCAGCAGAAAAAUACAAAAACACCAAAAAUAAUACUGAAUGAAGAAGACAUUUAUAUUUCUUCAACAUCCAUCAUUACUGACAUCAGGAAAAAGGAAUUUAAAUACCAGAUUAUUGCUUUAUGAGUUUAGCUACUAUUUUUAAAAUUUUGACACAAGGAAGGAUCAGUGCUUAGCAUCGAGCUGCCAUCAAAUUCACCUUUCUGAAACCAUUUAAGGAGAUUGAUUUGCGCUGUUACACUACAAGACAUUUUAUUAAACAAGCUUAAGGAUCCCACCAGUGUCCUGCAACAUCUGAAGGCAAAAUCUUAUUUUCUUAAGAACAAGUGAGCUUUUAUACUGUUGGUUUGCCACAAACUUCAGACAGAAGUGGAACAAUGUCCUAUGUUUUUGUAAAUGAUUCUUCCCAGACAAAUGUGCCCCUGUUGCAGGCGUGCAUUGAUGGGGAUUUUAACUAUUCCAAGCGGCUGCUGGAGAGUGGCUUUGACCCAAAUAUUCGUGACAGUCGUGGCCGAACUGGUCUCCACCUUGCAGCAGCCAGAGGAAACGUAGACAUCUGUCAGCUGUUGCACAAAUUUGGUGCUGAUCUACUGGCCACUGAUUACCAAGGUAAUACAGCCCUUCACCUGUGUGGGCACGUGGAUACCAUCCAGUUCCUAGUCUCUAAUGGACUCAAAAUUGAUAUUUGCAAUCACCAAGGUGCAACACCGCUUGUUCUGGCAAAACGAAGAGGAGUAAAUAAGGAAGUAAUUCGAUUGCUGGAGUCUUUGGAGGAGCAGGAGGUGAAAGGAUUUAACAGAGGAGCUCCCUCUAAGAUGGAAACCAUGCAGACUGCAGAAAGUGAAAGUGCAAUGGAAAGCCAUUCCCUCCUUAAUCCGAACCUGCAGCAAGGUGAAGGGGUUCUUUCCAGCUUCCGCACAACAUGGCAAGAGUUUGUGGAGGACCUUGGCUUCUGGAGGGUGCUACUCCUGAUCAUUGUCAUUGCCCUUCUCUCCCUCGGAAUCGCAUACUACGUUAGUGGGGUGCUUCCUUUUGUGGAAAAUCAGCCUGAAUUGGUGCAUUAAAGCAAAUUAAAAGAGGCACAACGUUCUUUUCCUGAGUUCUAAUCGUUGUUCUGAGCUUCUUAUAAUUCUUGGUGCAGCUGUAUAUAUUGUUUGCCUUUUAUAUGUACUGCUAACCCUUUUGGAAGAGAGCUGCAUUAAUUUCCGCUAACAACACCAAAUUCUAAAGCUUUCCUAGGCUACCUCUGACAUGUCUUGACUUCUAAUCAAAACUUAUAGAUAGCAGUCUUUAUUGAUCAAAUGUGGUGAUUAUAAAAGGCCCUUCAUAAAUAAAUAGCAAAUCCUUGAGUAUGUAAAAAUGUGUCCUGGUACAGGACCAAAUCAUCUUGUUUUCCAUUUUAAAAAAAGGGGAAAAAAAGAAACUACUUUUCCUAUGCUUCAGCUUUUGAGGAGGAGUAUUCUUAUAAAAAAAUACCUAGAUUAAAUUGGAAUAAUUUUAAUCUAUUCUGAUAUUUACAUCAUACAGUACUGUAAAUGUGCAGUUUUCUUAGUCCAUGUUCAUGUGUAUGGUUAUAAACUACAUAUACAUUUAAAGAAUGAGAAACAUUUCAAAUUUUAUAACUUUGUUAAACUUCCUUUGACAUCCUUGGAUCAGUCUUGUAUUUAUGUAUUAGCUUAAUAUAACAUGGGUUUUUUUUCCAGUUAGUGUGGUGUUACUAAAAUUUGUGUUAGAAUAAAUACUUUGAAGUGAAAUUGUCUGUAGUGCUUUUGGAUGCAAACAUCUUUAAGCAUUUGACUUCAAAAUGCAACUUUUUCAUUUGAAAUACCUUUAAGGAAACAUUUUCUUUGUAACGUAGAUGAAAAGCGAUUUAAACAUUUUGUUCUGUGUUGCUGUGAAACGUGUCAUGCAGGAUAACUGAGUGUUUUUCACAGUAAUUACAGUAAACAAUAUGUUCAUUUCAUUUGCAGUUUUGUGCAAGGGUUUAAUUGGGAUAUAUUUUUGGUAAUAUUGCUAUCAGUUUCAACUGUUUUCAAAUGACACUCAAAAGCUGAUGGGGCACUUUCUGAGUUAACAUAAUGCAAUGUUGCAGUGAGUGUCUUCAUAUUUGGGAAGAUUAUGUAAAUUGAAAUCUGGCCCAAUGUGAGGUCUUUGUUCGUUGAUGAUUUAAUACUCUUUUAUGGAGACUGGGUAAAUAUGCAGUAAGGUUGUGAUUGUCAAAGGUGCCCAACUUCCACUCAAUUUCCAUGGCAGUUAGGUGCCUAACUCCCUUAGGUAGCUUUCACAAUCCCAACCUAAGUGAAUUCAGCAAACGUUGUUAAAACAGCAAAAGGAUUUGUUUUACUAAAAUGAUCCUAAAUCAUUGCAAAAUAAACUGAACACUUGCAAAGUUAGAAAUUAUGGUAAAUGAUGGUGGAUAUACAUACAUCUUAUUAUUGUGUUAAUAUAUAUUUGUUGUCUCUAGUUUGUGGUCAUUGACUGAGGAGGCAUCUUGUCUUUGUGAUGUUGGGACAGGCUUCACUGAAGCGUUCAUUCUAAAUUGUUUCUGAAGAAUUCUUAGAAGCAAUUCUCCCAGAUGGUACAAAUGUAGCAAAGAGGGAAGCCUCCAAAAACCAACAAAAUGAGCUUCUCUUCCAAACAGUUUAAUUUGUCGUUUAUCUGUUUAUGAAUAGAGAAACAUAAGCUAUUACCUGUACAAGUAAAUGUAGUUUAUAUAUGUCUAUUUCUGUUAAGAACACCCUGUCUUAUAUUAAAUAAUGAAAUUUUGCAUUAUGCACUCUCUGUAUAAUUUGUAAAUGUAUUUUGAAUGUGGAUGAAUGCCAUAAAUAAAGAUGUAUAAGUAGA